AUGAGCAUUUCUAAGAAUACCUUUGCUUUAUUCUUAAUUUCUGCAAGCUUGCUUUUGAGUGCUUAAGCUUCGCUUUAAAUCCCAGUAGGGUUUGACGUUUUAAAAAACUAAAUUUGGCUUAAUGCUACUUAUGGAACUGAAAACUGCAAGAUAGAGGCAAAAGCUGAAUUCAUCAACUGCAAUAAUGACGUAGACUUUGUAAUGACUGGUGAACGUUCUCUUUAUACAUGUGGUGCAGUAAAUACUGGAACUAAAAUUUCAGGGUUAAGUAACUAUGAGGCCAAUUUUAAAAUGGGUAACUUCGAAGCUGAUCUCGUUUUUGCUUAAUACAAUGAUGUCAAUUACCCAGAUGUAAUAUAUUUUACUAAAAGCUUGUGCUUUGGUAAAGUUACUAAUGAUAAACAAUAAUUGUCUUUAUUGAAGCAACUUAAUAAAGAAGGAUUGAUUUCCUAACCAAGAGUCUACAUCACUUUUUUCAAUAAAUACCUUUCCUAUUUUACUAAAGACGAUAUUAUUGGACAAAUAAAUCUUGGUGAACCAAACCCUGUAUUUAUCAAACCAGGUUCUAAAUUUGUAAAAAUGUUUGUUAAUAACACUGAUACUUAUUAGUUAGAAUGCUAGUUUUACUCAAAUGGCGAAUCAACAUUCUUCGGUUAAAAAAUACCUACUUUUAAAAGAUAUACCAUCUACUUUGAUACAGAAAUGACCUCAAUAGAUAAGGAUACUUUAGAAUAUAUGUUGAAUAUUUUAAAAGAAAGAGGUUAUAAAAUUACAAUAAACCAAUUUGAUAUUCAUGAUCAAUACUAUAUAAAUACUAUUGAAGGAUUAGAACCUAUUACAAUUUCUUUACUCACUGAAGAUAAGAGCCCAUUUACUCUAACCCUAGAUGCUUCUGUUUACACCAGAAAGAUAGCAAAAGGAGUUUACAAAUUACUAUUAGAACCUGAAGUUGGUUCUUUUGUAUUGGGUAAUACAAUUUUGACUAAAUAUUACUUUGGUUAUGAUGCAGUUACUCAAAAUACCUUCUUUGCAGAAAGAGCUGUUGAUUUAAAUCCUUAAUAGGUUGCAGAAAAAGCUGAAAAUUUCUCUAAUUAUUUGAGAAGUGUAAAACUUUGA